CCCCUAAACACCAACACAGCAGUCAUGUACCUUUCAAGGGGUUCAGGGGCAAGAUGGGCAAGGCAUUUCUGCUAACUCUUCUUAAGGAUCAUGGACAGUGCCCUAUGCUACGAGACUGGUGUUUCAUCUUGACGAGUUCUCUGUCAGUCCGUAGGAAAGCUGUCUGGCUUGGAGGUUGCAAUCCCAGGGAAUUUUUCAUCAGCGGGGAAGUCUCCAUCACUACAGAGGAAUCAAGGGAGAAGUCAGUCCCUGACUGGUGUUUCAUCUUGACGAGUUCUCUGUCAGUCCGUAGGAAAGCUGUCUGGCUUGGAGGUUGCAAUCCCAGGGAAUUUUUCAUCAGCGGGGAAGUCUCCAUCACUACAGAGGAAUCAAGGGAGAAGUCAGUCCCUGACUGGUGUUUCAUCUUGACGAGUUCUCUGUCAGUCCGUAGGAAAGCUGUCUGGCUUGGAGGUUGCAAUCCCAGGGAAUUUUUCAUCAGCGGGGAAGUCUCCAUCACUACAGAGGAAUCAAGGGAGAAGUCAGUCCCUGACUGGUGUUUCAUCUUGACGAGUUCUCUGUCAGUCCGUAGGAAAGCUGUCUGGCUUGGAGGUUGCAAUCCCAGGGAAUUUUUCAUCAGCGGGGAAGUCUCCAUCACUACAGAGGAAUCAAGGGAGAAGUCAGUCCCUGGGAAGUGAGAUGCUCCCCCUAAACACCAACACAGCAGUCGUGUACCUUUCAAGGGGUUCAGGGGCAAGAUGGGCAAGGCAUUUCUGCUAACUCUUCUUAAGGAUCAUGGACAG